AAGAAGGGGAAGACGUUUCUCGCGAGACUUCUGUUUCUUGGACUGUGUCCUUCCUGAUCAGUCUGAAAUGGGUUACUGGGACAUACCAGACGGCACGGAUUGUGUCCAAAAAACAUGGAUUACAACCAAAGUGGCCACAGCUUUGGGCCUGGUGGGUACUGCCUAUCACAUAGUGGCAUUCCAGCCUGAUUCUGCAUUGGCAGCGCUACAGAGAGUUACAAACACAACUGUUACCAUGGCCACCGUGGGAGCCAUCUUUGGCAUGACAACAUGUCUCGCUGCUCAAGCUCGUGACGCCCCAGAUGAGCCACUGAAUUACUUUAUCGGGGGCUGUGCCUCUGGGAUAUUUCUGGGAGCCAGAACCCACAGUGCUAUAACGGGCACGUCAGCAUGUCUGGGGUUAGGAACACUGGCCUUCUUCACAAAAAUUGGCAAGAUGGAGGGAUGGAAGAUAGCUGGACCACCCGAACUAUGAAGAGGAAGAUUAUAAGAUUAAUUGUUGUGUAUAAAGAGUUCAUUUAAUAAACAUCUUGUGAAAAUGA